UGCCCGAGGCUUCACCGGCGGGUUGGGCAGGCGCCCGAAGGCCGAGCGGCCGGCGAAGCAGCGGUGCCGGGAGGCCGGGCUCGGGCGGAGGCUGUCGGUCGCCCCUUUUGAAGAGGAGCCGAGGGCGCUUUGUCGCCCUGCCCGAGAAACUCCCACGCCCGGGUCCACUUCCCGCGCUCGGCCGGCGCCGCCGAGUGCCGCGGCGGGGCGCGGCCUGGGCCUCGCUCGGCCUCGCAGGGGCCCGGAAGUUUUGUCGUUCUGCAUUCAGAGCCUGGUGGAGUAUCACGAUGGCAGCUCAGAUGACUGAUGCUCAUCGACGGUUCCUGCAGGUCCUGAUGUCUCAUGGGAUAAUGGAAGGAUCGGAGGCAAGGAAAUUACACAAACACUGCUGUGAAGUCCAUAACGUCUACUAUGCACAUGAUAAACUGGCUGAUUUCAUCAGUACCAUCAACAGGCAUCUACAGCCUUUUUUUAUGCAGAUCCGGAAGGGACUGUCAGAAGAUGACGGGAGAGCGCAUUAUGCUUUAGUGAAUUUGGCAGAAACUGAAAUAACUAAAAUGGCAUCUGACUAUACCGAAAAUGAAUUAGAAUUGUUCAGAAAAACAAUGGACCUAAUCAUUUUAUCAGAAAAUGGCUUUGCCCCUUCUACAGAUAUUUUAAACUUGGCUGACCAACUUAAGACAAAGAAAAUGAAGAAAAAAGAAGCGGAACAAGUGCUGAAAGUUUUUGUGGAGGAUAAGUGGCUCUCUGAGAGAAAUGGAGAGUUUACUCUGCAUACUCGCUGCAUAAUCGAGAUGGAACAAUACAUUCUCAGCAACUACCAAGAUGUGGCAAGGAAGUGUAACAUCUGUCACAGCCUUGCCAUCCAGAGCCAAGUAUGUGAAUCCUGUGGAAUUGGAAUGCAUUUACCUUGCAUCAGAAAGUACUUUAGAGCUCAGACUGAACCUCGCUGUCCACAGUGUAAUGAUUUCUGGACUUGUGACAUUCCAGGAGUGAGCCGCACGGACACCCAGUCACCACCAAAACCAGCGCGAACAGAGAAGAACUUCGUGCUCAGCACGAGACGAUCCUAGGAAAACUGGAUUUUAGUAAAAUCUCUUCCCCACUCCUGCGGAACAGCCAGGCUUGUACUGUAUUCAUUAGCAACAAUGCAGAGGUCAGUGUGCUUGGUUUUUCCUCAAGCUUUUAAGAAUUUUGCAAUAAAAUUAUCAUUGACCUUCCUGUUCUCCUUCA